AUGCCGAAGAACCCAAAGUUCGAAUACGAGGCAAAGCAGCCGGCCUUUCUCCAGAAGCUCCGCAGCCAGUAUGGAGACAACACCGGUCGCUUGGAGCGGCCCGCCUUACGACCAACAAGACUGAAGGUCAAUAACGAUGACGACGAUGAUGAGCCUACGUAUGUCGACGAAGAAAGUAAUGAAGUGAUCUCCAAAGAGGAAUACAAGGCACUGGUUGGCGAGAGUGGUUCGAAAGAAGAGGGCGAAGACGCUACCUCCGCGAAGGACCCAUCCACCGCCCACGAAGACAACCCCGCAGCAGCAGCACUUGGUCCCACGAAGCAGAGCAAUCUCACAGAAGUUGGAGGCCAGAGGAAACGAAAACAGGUCAAGGUGGUGGGCGAGGACAAGGCUGAGACCGAAGAGGUGCAACCCAAAGCGGCGAAGAAAUCAAAGAAGUCCAAGAAGAUCAAGCUCUCUUUUGACGAGGAAUAA